AUGAUGGAGAGGAUAAGAAAAGAGAUGAUAUUGAUGGAGAGAGGGCUACACAGUCCCGUCGCUGCGGGGAAGAGGCUCGCAGACGCGCCGGGGAACUCGGUGCUGGAGGCCCUGGAAAACUCCCAGCACGGCGGACGGCUGAGCCCGAGAAUAACUUCGGCUUCCCUGCAUGGAAAUCUCGGGGACAUCCCGGGGAAAGGCAAGUUUGAGAUCGACAGCCUGUACGGGACGCACCACGGCAGCGAGAACAGCUCCUCGGCGGAGAUUUCGUCGUCGGAGAGCCGCAAGAAAAUGAGCCUUUACUCCGAAGUUUCGCAAGAAUCAGACGUCAACAGUGAUGUGGAGGUGGGAUGCCCUUCGCACCGCUCCCCGAGCCAGCACAAGGAAAACAACAAAGGGUUUUCAGACAGUAAUUCCGGCUCAUCCAGCUCGAACUCCCUCCAGAACAUGAACGGUAACGGGUCCAACAACUCAAACAGCGACCAGGUCAGGAGGUACCGCACCGCUUUCACCAGGGAGCAGAUCGGGCGACUGGAGAAGGAGUUUUACCGAGAAAAUUACGUGUCGAGACCGAGGAGGUGUGAACUGGCCGCGGCGCUAAAUCUGCCCGAAACCACUAUAAAGGUGUGGUUCCAGAACAGGCGGAUGAAGGAUAAGAGGCAACGCCUGGCGAUGUCCUGGCCUCAUCCAGCAGACCCCAGCUUCUACACUUACAUGAUGACGCACGCCGCAGCUACAGGGAGCCUACCGUACCCUUUCCACUCGCACAUGCCUCUACACUACUACCCGCACGUCGGUGUCAGCGCAGCAGCAGCAGCCGCCGCCGCAGCCUCCAGCGCGGCGGCGUCACCUUUCGCCACCUCCAUCCGGCCCCUCGACACCUUCCGGGCACUCUCCCACCCUUACUCGAGGCCGGAGCUCCUGUGCAGCUUCAGGCACCCGGGACUCUACCAGUCACCCGCAGGCCUGAACAGCUCGGCGGCGGCGUCUGCGGCUGCGGCGGCCGCGGCGGCUGCGGCGGCGGUCUGCGCCCCGUCGGCCGCGGGGCCCUGCUCGUGCCUGAGCUGCCACAGCAGCCAGGCGGCGGCGAGCGCGCUGGGCGCCAGGAGCGCCAGCGCUGACUUUGCCUGCACAGCCUCGGUGCCACGAUCCGAGAGUGGAUUUUUGCCGUAUUCCGCCGCAGUCCUCAGCAAGACGUCAGUCCCGUCACCAGACCAACGAGAAGAAACGUCACUUAACAGAUAACUCAUCACGCACCCUCACGCGUCCGUUUCUUAUUUCUGCUCUUAGGGGAUAGGCCUACUUUAAAUGUCACACCUGGGUAAAGCAUUCCUUUCUUUGACAGCACUGUAAACGCACACGUGAAGAUUCAUUUCUAAAAAGUCUGACUCAAGUUCCAAAAACUCUUUAUAACAUGAAAAGCUAAGCAGUGAAUUUUUAGCAGCUCAUGAAAAGACUUUUCUAUUAAAGCUCCUGUGUUUGUGCCAGUAAACCACUUUUUUUAUGGACUGUGCUGGAAACUUAUUUGGGGGAAAUAUCAGUGUACUCAUCCUGCGACCAUGCCUCGAUCAAGAUUUCAACUGGAUGCAUUUAUUUCUACAAUUCCCACAAAUUAUUAGAACAAACACUAAGACUGGGUCACAUCCACAUAUUCCUGCAGCUCAAAUAUCCAACGUGAACAAAUCCUCUGGUUUGAACACACAAACGUGGGCUAAUUAUGCCAUCUAAAUUUAGAUAGCAGAGGGUCCCUGCUCCUCUGCCCAGCAUCACCAUCUCUUCCUUCACUAUAGGCCUAAUAGACUGUGAUUUUUUUGGCAGCCAUAGCUUCUCCACCACCCCAGCCCCUGCUCUGUGGGGACAGCCCUAAUCAGCCGGAGAGGUGCAUAUAAUUCUGCAGCGCGUCUUCCGUGUCAAUUUUUAUGUUAAUAAUGAGAGGAUCAUGACAAAAAUUGCCAAUCAUGUACCUAGAUGGAGCUCCUUUGAAUACGUGACUGUAAGAAAGUUGCUCGUUCUGAGACCCGCUGUCAAGUGCUAACAACCCGCGGAGGGAAGUCAUUAGACAUACAAAAGACCCGGAGCAAGGCGACAGUCCUGGUACACACAAUGCACUGCAUAAAAAGAUAAUAUCUGACACAUGGAAGGCGUAAGAAAUAUAUUAUAUAUACACACAAGCAGCCUGCAGAGGAAAAAAAGGGGGCCACUCACAAUUCGUCUGCAGAUCAUGUG